AAACUUCAAUUCUCUAUGAACAAGAUGAUGAUAAUGUAUAUAUGGCAGAAUUAUCACGUAAUAUUCAUGAAAAAAGUGAGAAAAGUGAAUUAGAUAAUAUUGAUGAUUAUAAUAUUCAAGACUAUUUUUUUUCACUUGAACAAAUAAAUACAAUAGUUCAAAAUACUAAUAAAUAUGCUUGUUUAAAGGGUGCAGGAGAGAGACGUAAAUGGACCAAAUUAAAAGUAGGGGAAUUUAAAAUUUGGCUAGCAAUAUUAAUAUAUAGUGGUAUUUUUAAAUUACCUAGUAUUAGAGAUUAUUGGAAUAUGGAUAAUAGAUUUUCAGAACAUAAGAUCACAACUUUUAUGACAAUGCUUCGUUUCGAACAA